GUUUCGAUAAGUUGUUAAUACAAUCAAAAUGUUCUUUAAAUUUAUAUUAGGGCUACUUAUUUGUUUAAUUCGUGUAGAUUCAUUGUGUGAGAAAGAAUUACUUAGAAGCAUAGAAUGGGUUGGUGGACCAUUUGAUUUCGAAACGUCUGCGAUGAAGUCGUUGCUCACGUCAUCGGAUAAAUACAUCAACAAAAACAUUAUAUCGUCCCGUGGUCAGAUAUUUGAAGAUUCUGCUAUUUUGGCAUUUCCCAGAUUUAAAUGUGGCAACCCAGCAACCCUCGUUAAACUAUCACUGAAAUGGAAAGGUUGUACGCCGCUAUUGGAACCGUUUCCGUGCUGGUCGUCUCAAGAAAUCAACAAUUGCAAAAGUUUACAGUCUGUGGUUGAUGUUUUUAUUGAUCCCUUGGGCGUUUGUUGGGUGUUGGACGCAGGAAUAAUAAACACCUUGGAAUCGUCUGUAAGGACAUGUGCGCCCAAAGUUGUGGCAUUCAAUUUGAAAACGGGAAGGCAAUUAAAAUCCUUGGAUCCUACUGGACUUGUUGAAAAAACUUCCCGACUUCAGUAUUUAAUUGUGGAAUAUACAGAUGGUGGUGAACCUUAUGUAUUCGUUGUAGACGCUUCUACAGCUUCCAUCCUUGUUUUUGAUGUUAUCCACGACAAAUCUAUGAGAGUAGUUCUUCCCAAAGAAGCAGCAACAGGUUGUAGCCAAAAAGACGUCCUCUAUGCAGCUGUUGUUCAAAAGGAAGAUGGAUUUAACUAUCUUCUUUUUACAUACCUUUGUGGACUUAGAAUGUUUGCUAUUAGAACUGACAUUUUGAGAUCGGGAUCUUUGUCAGGAAAUGUGGUGGAUCUUGGAUUGAAACCUGGAAAGAUCGUGAUCCUCGGUACUGAUUUUGGAUCAGCCAUCUUCUUUAGAUAUGAAGGAAAAGACGAAGUAUUUCGGUGGGAUUCAAAUGAUCACUUCAAGAAAAACAAAUUUAUUUCCGUUUACAAAUCUAAACCUGGCUUUUUGGUGUCGCAAGUAAUGCCUGAUAUUAAGAGGCAGAAAAUGAGAGUACUGGAAAGUAACUUUCCAGACUUCUUGCAAGGUACAGUGGGAUGUGGAGCAGUACAACAGAUAAAUAUAAUUGGAGAAACUAAAAGUUGAUCUAACUGAUACAACUAGGUAAUGUUGAAAUUCUUUUGAACCAUCGCUAAUCCAGAUGAAGAAUGACAUAACUGCCAAAUAUAUUUUGUCGUUAAAAAUAUUUUUAAGUUUAUAGUUAACUAUUUAGCUUUUUCGCUACAAAAUGCCUAGUCAACUGUAGAAUUAUUGAAUAGAAAU